UGCACUUUAAUUGGUUGAAGUGGGUGGAAGUUGUAAUGAUCGAUAUGGACAUCUUUUUCUGUAUUAUUGAGAAUGGAGAUGCUUGGUGUGGGUUGACAUAUGAAAGUAACACAAGAGAGGAAAACCUAAUGGAAUUUCAAUGGAUGGCGUGGGUUGCCUCAGAUCUGGGGAACUUCUGUUCCCAUUCUUGUACUGAUUGGGCGGUUUUUUAACUGUUUCGCUUAUUGUUGUUGUUGUUAUCAUUAUGUUUUUGUUGUUGUUUGCUUGUUCAACGACCCCAUUCCCUCGUCUUUAUGCUUAGGCUACACACACAGAGAGAGAGAGAGAGAGAGAGAAGGCACUGACUUUUCCAUUAUUUUGAUAUGGUUCUUGAAUCAUCGAUUGCCUGAUUUUCCAGGGGACCGAAGGGUUUGGUGAGAAGGUAGAAAUAGAAGAUUUUAGUACAUCAGAUAGUACCCCUUUUGGCUGGUAUUGAUUGAACAAGCAGGUCCAAAAUCAGGCGUCUUGGUGUUUUAUGUCGGAUUGAACGCGUGAGGAACAGAGGCCUAAGGAAAUAGGGUAUAAAAUUAGUUAGAGGCUGGCAGUUUUCCAUAUUCUAGUGGGCGAGGGGGAUAAGGCUGUUUCUACAAGGCAAAGUAAAUAUAUGGAGGAAAUAUCUUCGGCGGUUGCAGUGCCAUUCACUCUUGGGAAUUUGAUCCCUAAGGACUCAUCAGUGACAAAACACAUGGAUAUUGCUGGAUUAAAAUUUAUGGCAAGUACAGCAACACUGAUAUUAAAUCCUGCAAUGGAGAGCUUUGGAUCUGUUGGAAGUGAUGAAAAUUCGACAGAUGCUAGUCCACAACAUCAGAUUACAGUAUCUGCAGGGGAAAAAGAGAAUCAGGCUGGUGCUUCGCAUGUGCCAGAAAUGUUCAUUAAAUGUAACCGUAAUUGGACCUCAAAUGAAACCCAUAAUCAGGGAGGGAGGGAAGAUGAACACGGGUUAGGGGUUGAUUUUCGAUGUCUGCAUGAUUCAAGGUCUCAGUCUAUGGCCUGUGAGAAUUGCGGUAUCCUUGGGGAGAAAUCUUCAACUUCAGAGAUUGAUAUACCUAAUGCCAUGGAGGUUGAAGAUAAUGCCCAUGGUAUGUACAGUUUGAACGAUUCAUAUACUGUGCAGGAGCCGGUGCAAGACAUUGUUUCUGUUCGAACAGAUCCUGAGAGUGAAGAUGGCAGUGGGUCGGAUGGGUCUGAUCCAAAACUAAUUGCCCCACCUCUUGAGAUGCCAACGGAGGAAAAAGUGUGCAGAGCAAGCUUCCAGAAGACUCUGGAUUUGAAUAGUGGACCUCUUUGGGGCUUUUCAUCUAUUUGUGGAAGGAGACAGGAGAUGGAGGAUGCUAUUGCUGCAAAUCUUCACCUUUUGCAAGUUCCUUCCCAUAUGCUAAUGGACAACACUGGGCAUGAAAACACUGAAAACUCAGUUGCCCACUUUUUUGCUGUCUAUGAUGGACAUGGUGGCUGUCAGGUUGCUAAUUAUUGCCGGGAGCGUCUUCAUUCAGUGCUUGUUGAGGAGUUACAAGAUGCAGACUCGAGUUUGGAUGGAAUUAGUUGGACGGACCAUUGGAAGAAAGCAUUUUCCAAUUGUUUCCGGAAAGUUGAUGACGAAGUUGGAGGAAUUCAUGCUGAGAACAAUGAAAUCAAUAAUGAUGGAUCAGAAUCUAGCAUGGAACCACUUGCUCCUGAAACUGUUGGUUCUACUGCAGUGGUUGUCAUUUUAUGCCAAAACCACUUAAUAAUUGCAAAUUGUGGGGAUUCAAGAGCAGUCUUGUGUCGUGGAAAAGAAGCGCUGCCAUUAUCUUCUGAUCACAAACCAAAUAGAGAGGAUGAGUGGGCCAGGAUAGAAGCUGCGGGAGGAAGGAUCAUACAAUGGAAUGGAUACCGGGUGCUCGGCGUCUUGGCAGUGUCAAGAUCCAUAGGUGAUAGGUACUUAAAGCCAUGGAUAAUACCUACACCAGAAGUGAAGUUCGUCCGUAGGGAGAAAAAGGAUGAGUGCCUAAUUCUGGCAAGUGAUGGUUUAUGGGAUGUCAUGACAAAUGAAGAAGCCUGCGAGAUUGCACGAAAACGAAUCCUUCUUUGGCACAAGAAACAUGGCAAUGGCGGAUCGACAGGGCCAGGAGAGGGAGUUGAUCCUGCAGCACAGUCUGCUGCAGAGUACUUAUCUGGAGUUGCUCUCCAAAGAGGAAGCAAAGAUAACAUUUCUGUUAUAGUGAUAGACUUGAAGGGUAGAAGGAAAUUUAAGACCAAGGCAUGACAUAAGUACCGUCAAUCACCUGGACUUUCAUUUCAUAGAUAUAGGAGUAUCUUGCAAAUAUAUUUCUUUCUUACCACAGUUAUGUAGCCCGUCGGUUUUUUCCAUCACGUCUGGGCUUAGCCAUCUUAUCCUGUUUUUAAGUAUAUACCAGAAUCUGCAGGGGAUGAGGUUAGGUUCGUUUGGUUCUUGUUAUCACUGUGAUAGCUUUCCACAUUAGAAAGCUAACUUGAUUCUAGAGAGGAAAUAUUUUUUAGUCCAUGUUUACGUGUGUGGACCGUACAAUUGAUCAAAGCCACAUGGCUCUGCU